GACUUGAGUCUCACAGGACAGCUUUUUGCCGCCACCCCAAAGUGGAUAAAAUGUUGUAGUUGUUAGCAAUAACAGUCGGGUUCUUGUUUUUAUUUGUAAGUUUUUAAUGUUUUAAGCUGUUUCGAUAGAAAUGAAUUCGUAUCACGUGUUGGAGUUGGUGGGAGAGGGCUCGUUUGGACGAGUUCACAAGGGAAGGAAGAAAUACACUGGACGGGUCGUUGCUCUGAAGUUCAUGCCCAAAGUGGGCCGGUCUGAAAAGGAGCUACGAAGCCUGAAAAGCGAAAUAGAGAUUAUGAGGGGUCUUCACCAUCCAAACAUUGUCCAACUCUUUGACAGUUUUGAGACUGAAACCGAGGUUGUGGUUGUAACAGAGUAUGCAGAGGGCCAGCUGUUCCAGAUUCUGGAGGAUGAUGGAAAGUUGCCAGAGAGCCAGGUGCAGGAGAUUGCCUGCCAGCUUGUCUCRGCUCUUUAUUAUUUACACUCCCAUCGCAUUCUUCACCGUGACAUGAAACCACAGAAUAUCCUACUAGGGAAAAGUGGUGUGGUGAAACUCUGUGACUUUGGGUUUGCCAGAGCCAUGAGCGUCUCCACCUUGGUCCUGACCUCCAUCAAAGGAACUCCACUGUACAUGUCUCCUGAGCUGGUGGAAGAGAAGCCAUAUGACCACACUGCUGAUCUCUGGUCUCUGGGCUGCAUCUUGUAUGAACUCCACACGGGGGCGCCUCCGUUCUACACCAACUCCAUCUUCCACCUGGUGCAGCUGAUUACGAAGGACCAGAUCAAAUGGCCAGACACGAUGAGCGACAGCUGCACGAGUUUCCUGAAAGGUUUGUUAACCAAAGACCCACAGAAACGUUUGUCAUGGCCCGACCUCCUGCAUCAUCCUUUUGUUGCUGAUGGUGUUUUAGUACUGUCAGAUUCAAACAUCUUCAGCCCUUUGACGGUCCCUCCCAGCCCAGACGUGCUCGCCCUGAAACUUAAACAAGUGGCAGAAAAGUCCGUACCKACAUCCGGGGAGAGACGGUUACUGCAGAAGGUCAGGGAGCAGAUGGAGAACAAAAAGAAACUAGCGAAAAAGAAGGAUGGAGACGAACGAGCCUUCAAACCCACCUGUGGUGAAUCUUCUGAUGCCUCGGGUCAAUUCACAGCUGCCAAUCAAAACAUGAACCUGAACUGUCACAUAACAUCCAAACAAAGGGGGCAGAUCAGCAGAGACUACGAACGGGAGUUUCCCUCUGUGGAGGUCGGAUCACGAUUGGCGUGGAGACACAACGAAGGCUCGCUGCACAGGCGGGAUUUUGACAGUGAGGAGUUUUGGGAGAAUCUUGUGCAAGAAUCAGAGCCUAGCAGGCAGCAGAGAAAGCAGCUGGACUACAGUGACAUCGUACCUCAGAUUAAAUCCAAAAUCACAACAUUUCAAGCUCAGCUAAGUGUUGGUGUUCUAAAAGAAGUGCAAAACAUCCAACAACCAUUAAAGGUCCUGCGUAAUCUGAUUCUGACUCCUGACCCUGAAAAGUCGAAGCUCCUCAGCUGUGAGCUCGAACUGCCACGGGUCCUCUUCGACCUGAUCCACCGCUCUGUUGCAAACUCCGACUUCAUCCAGCAUCCGUGGAGCCUGCCGGUCCUCGGAGAAGCUAUUGCAUCGGUCCUGAUCUACUGGGAGACUCGCUGUGACUGGGUGGAAGAAGAGCCCAGACUGGAAGAGUUCUCCGAGCCCUUCGUCACAAUUCUCAGCCAAUCAAAUCUCAUCACUCUUGCACCAUUAGCUGCUUCAGUUUUAUCUCUCUUCACACAACACGGCGUUGAUGUUUCUGUUGAUCUGGAGACUUUAACCUCCCUGCUGAAAACUCUUCUGUCAGACUCAUAUGAGAUUUCAUUCCCGUCUGGUUGGGGACUGUACGACGGCCUCCUUUCUUUACUUCUGCACGUUCUUUACAAGCAUGAAAACGCUUCAGCAUCGAGUUGUUUAAACUCUCUUGUUUUUGUGGAUCUGUGGAAAACGGCUGCUUCUUCGCUCGGAAGCGCGACAUCUAAUGAGAACUUCUUUUCAGCAAAUGGACUGCAUUCUUUUCUGUCUGUCGUUCUGUUUGUUUUCACCCAGGAUCCGUACUCGUGUCUUCCUCUGUUCACCAACAGAAGCUCAAAAUGUCUUUUCACGCUCAGCCGGCUGCUGAACCCCGACUGUCUUGUUUGGGGUGUCAGAGACCCUGCUGGUGGAUCAGAGGUGGAGCUGAGUGGCUCCAGUCUGUCCUCCCUGAGCUGYCACUUGUUGUGUUUUCCCUUCGCCCUGGACCUGCCGUCACACAGCCUGUCCACAGUGCUGCAGAUGUACGACAGCUGCGGCGUCGCUGCAAGCCUCCUGCAGGUAAUUCAAACUUUUCCUACCGCUCAGUUGGAGCUCCCUCUGUCCCUGCUGAGUCGUUUGUUCUUGUGCGAUCCCGAGCGCACCGUUUCCCACCUGGGAGAGGCUGCUUCUGGCUUUUUUACACCACCAGAGGACCACCAGCUCCCAGCCUCCCGGUGUCACACCGGCCUCACCAGAAACGCCAGCUCCCUCCUCUCAGACCUGCUGCAGCUCGACGUGCUGUGGGACUCUGCCGUGGAGCUCCUCAGCCUGUUGUCCCACGUGGCGCGUUGCACCGCUCGGCCCGCCCGCCUUCGGGUCCACGUCGAGGUUCCCGUGCUGCAGCAGGUGCUGACUCACCCAUACGACCAGAUCAGGGCUGCCACGUGCAGGUUUCUGGGAAAUUUAGAGCUCUUCACGCCUUCUACCGCAGAUAAUCCAUGGCUCGAUGUUUUCAAACGCUUGAUAGAUUGUCUUAAUGAUUCCUGCACGGCGGUGCGGAGGACGGCGUGCAGGGCCGUGGGGAACUGGCUGGGUUACAUCGCAGCAGAGACGGGAUUUAAAAGUGGAAACUGCAACAACUUAAAAGAGAAGAAACGCAACGCACACGUGUGUCCGCGCACUGAAGCAKCAGGUGAGAGAUGGACACAGGAAGCCAGAAGGACGGCGGCCGUGUUGGCGAGUCUGCUCUCAGACCCUGAUGCCGUCACGCGCCGCCACUGCUGUGCAGCGCUGGGGAACCUGCUGAAUGUUGACGGCGCCGUGUCCGUGUUGUUGGAGGAGGAUGUGCCCAGCUUUCUGCUCAGGGCCGCGUGCGCCGAUUCCCACAUUGAAGUGAGACAAGCUGCCRUAACGUCUCUGAGCCUGUUCAGCCAGCAGGACGCAAUAAGAGGGGUMCUGAUCUCCCUGGAUGCCAGUAAGAAACUUCUUCAGUCUUCACAGCUCGCCCCACAGUGUGACUACCGACAGCUCCUCAGGAUGCUUUGGCAGAGAUCAGAUCAUCAGAAAUAAAUAACCUAUUUUUUUUAUGAUCACAUACUUUGAUCUUUACCAUUAUUACUUUAAAGAUAAUUACUUCCUGUUUUCUUACAUAUUUUCUGGUGAAAAAACAUGUAAUAAAACGCUGAAAGCUCAA